AUGGGUCAUGGACAUGAGGUCUUUGACGCAAAACUAGUAGGAGUGGCCACAGCCCUUGAGUGGGCACUUGAGAGGCAACUUCUAGGUCCUAUCUGGGUGUUUCUUGAUGCACAGAACGCUAUCGAUCGCCUCAAAUCGACAAGGCCAGGCCCUGGGCAAGCCCUUGUCCUCAGGGCUCACAGGGCAGCUGAGAAACUAGCCUCAAGAGGCCAGCCGGUGACAAUACAAUGGGUUCCAGGCCACUCCGGGGUUGAAGGGAAUGAACAGGCUGAUCAAGCUGCCAAGAGGGCAGCUAGCAAGCAUACAGCACAUGGUUUCGAGCACCUAUUUCUAGCAUACAUUAAACGUAGGCAUAGAGAUGGAUGUGUCUACAAGAUGCCUCGAGGCUGGAGCCUUGACCCACUGGCUGGAAAAGCCCCAAAAAGGCUGGCUAGUCGGUACUACCAGCUGAAGACAGGACAUGCCCCAAUAGGCACCUAUCUACACCGGAUAGGCCGACGGGAAUCGCUUGAGUGCCAGGCCUGUAAGGAGCCUCAUGAGACGGUGAGACAUGUGCUUUUUGAGUGUCGAGGACGUCGAACAGGAAGGAAAGUCUUAUAUCGAGUCCUCAAGAAAGCUGGAGUGCCGCUGCCUACAGCGGCUGAAGAAAGUCCCUGGGCUAGGCUGUUUGCAGAGCCUAGAGCGACGCAGGGGUUGCUGCAAUUUGUAGCUGAAGCCAACCUGUUUCAUGAUAAGGAGCAGACAGCCAGAGAAGCUGAGAUUAGUGAUGUGUGGGGAUGGGAUACGUUAGAAGAAGGUGGCCUAGGUGUCACAUUGGAGGAUGAAUAG